CACACAAGCCAACAUGUGUACUUGUAGUAUCAACUUCUUUUUUUGGCUUAGUAAGUUUCGCCUUGGCAUCAUCACUAUACAAAUUUAUCUCAGCAACUGGAGAACCAACAAUAUUUCGUGUAAACACCUGGUUCCAUUGACAAGGUACCUCAGUUGGAGUACUAGACGUCAAUCCAAUUCGAACUGCAGCCUCUAGUUGAUAUAGCAUGGCAGCAACGUGUGAACAAGUUUCACCAAGUCUAUAAAUAAAUUAUAAUUUAUGAUAUUUAGAUGCUCUCAAAAGGUCAUGAAACAACCAUCUUUUAAAUUCAAACUUACCCUGCCAUGCAGUCACAAUGACCAGCCAAAACAUUUCCACGAGGGGCAACAGCAAUCCAUGGUUUAUGAGGAACUUCGGUGGUCCUAUAUGAUGGUCUGACAUCACACUUCAUAAUGACUGCUCCAGUAGCUUUCACAUGUUUGAUUGUUUGAACCCAGCCAUCAUGGAAAAAUUUGUAAGCCUCUAAAGCUUUGUAGUUUUCCAUUGCUUCGGGUGUGAAAAUUCCUACAAAUGGAAAGUUUCUUGUUUAUAGAGUAGAUAAAACUUCAAAAAGAAAAGAAAUGUCAUAUGAUUACAGUGAUUCAAGAUGAGUUAAAUAAUCUAGAACAAUAUGGACGUCGGAACAUGGUGGAUAUAAGGGGCAUCCCAAGAUCAAUAUCAGAGAACACCGACAAAAUUGUUCUCAACGUAGCUAACUUAAUGCAAGCUAACAUCAGCACCAAUGAUAUAGAAGUCUCGCACCGUACUUCAACAUCUAACGAUGCAGCCAUUAUUGUGAAGUUUUUCGCACGAAAAAAAGAGAGGAAUUUAUAUCGAAACGAAAAACACUUAUUGACAAAACGACACGAGAUAUUGGAUAUAUCGACGAAAAAAAGAUUUAUAUAAACGAAAGCCUCACUCAGCCUAAUGCAAUGUUACUCAAGGACGCACGUGAUAACCUGAUGCCAAAAGACAACAAGUUAGUAAGCUAUAUAUGGACUAAAAAUGGGAAAAUAUUUGUAAGAAAGGACAAUGACUCCAACACCGUGCAGAUAAAGAAUAAAGAUACCAUUUUAAAACUAAAACAGCAAUAUGGAAAUGGACAAUAACAGAUAUGGUCACAUUUAGUGAAACGGAACUACAACAGUGGAAAAGAAAGAGACAUUGGAUGACCAUCAUUUUUUCAUUACAGUGUUUCUGUAUCGGCAUCGACUAUAGCUCAUCAUUCAUAUCCGUCUGGCCAUACCUUAAAAGCAUGAUCAAACCUAAAAAUCCAAAAUAUUUUUAUUUAGCCAUAUGUUCUUCGUACCACAUUUCCGCGAUAGUCAUGUCUAUCAUUCUUGGAAAAUACAUCGACCAAAGAGGAAGUGUGCGCAAAACAUUUAUUUGCGUGAAUAUGUUAAUGGUUAUUGGAAGUAUUGUUUAUGUAAUGCCUUUCUCCCCUUGGUUGCCAGUUUUAGGGCGGUUUAUUGCCGGUGUAGGUGGUGCACUAAUACCCAUCACAUCAGCAGAAACAGCCAAGUGUUAUCCAAGUUCUGUCAUAAAAAAAAAGUUUUCUUUGUUCUACAGUCUUUAUAAUGCUGGAUUUAUUAUUGGUCCUGGUGUCAUGUUGACAUUUGAGUCCGUGAAUAUUUGGCUUAGUGCUUUAAAUAUUCGCUACGAGAAUUUCUGCGGAUUGUUGACAGUUGUCUUGAUGAGUAGCCUCGCCGUUUUAUCUUACAUAGCAUUAUAUGACGUUUCGAACAUAUACCGUAUCAACAAGACAAGGGCUGACCAAGAAACAAAAAGAGACGUAUCUUGGUGUGGUUUAUGCUCUCAUGUAGAUGUUGGCUUUAUACUGAUCUUAUCCUUUUUCGGGAAAUACUUCUAUGGCGCAGUUGAGAUGUGGUUACCGUUAUUGAUAAUAGAAGUGCGUCGUGAAUCAGUAACAGAAAUGAACAUGAUGAUGAUGACGUCAGGAUUAAUCAGCGUAAUUGUGUUGAUCAUUUUUUCGAUAAUUAGAACUUCGAAUUCUCAAAUCUUUUAUAUUUCAGUGCUGGGGAAUUUAUCGUUUUGUGGAGUUUUGGGUGUAUACCUGCUAUAUUACUUCUUACCGCUAAAUGCAUACGUAAAAAUGACGGGCACGAUUAUUUAUGGUGUAAGUUUAGCAGGGUUAGGCGUUUGUGAUGGCAUAUUUGUUAUUAAUACAUUAGCACUCAUGUCGCCACCUAGUAAACAAGCACUUGCAGAAAGCACUCGCGUGUCAUUUGGGAGAGCAGGCUUCCUAUGUGCACUAAUGUUAUCACCGUGGCUUUUCGACUGGAUGCCGUUUGUGACUUUAGUGUAUAUAUGUAUUGUUUUAUGUCAAGCCAUUUUUAUGCUGGUGCGAAUGAAAACUUUAAUUUGCCCGAAACAAUUAACCCAUAAUAGUUUGGUGUAGAGAAUAAAAAAGUUAACCCUAAUUAUUCACAUAGAGCACGUUUCAACCGCUAAAGAUAAUCACUCUCAGAGUUCUUGAAAAAUUGUUACUUGCGAGAAUAGGUGGGGGAAAAAUUCUCGAAAGAAUAAUGUUUUGUAUCCAGUGAACUUAAAGUGAGAGAAUGUAAAAUGGUAGAACGGGGAAACGUGUUGUUAUUAUUAUUUUCUUCUACAUUAGUUAAUAAAUAAAUGUUUUAACUUUUAGUUUUACCAUGAUGAUAAAAGUAGGUAUUUCGAUCACUUUCGUGCAUUUAUAUUUUACUUAGGAAUAUUUUGAUUUACAUAUAAUACUUAAUUUCCAAUAAAAACUUCUGUCUAUUUAUAUUAUUUCACAUGUUUAUAAUAUUUAUAAAACACGAUUAUUUUAUGUGUAUCUAUAAUGUUAAAAAAAUUUUAAACAAGA